AUGCUGUUAGACGUCAAACGACAAUUCUUUAGUCGCAGUGAAAGAGUGAAAUCUCUCGACUUCCAUCCUACUGAACCUUGGGUCGUAGCUGGUUUAUACAACGGUACUGUAGUCAUAUACAACACCAUUACAAAUGCAUCCGUAAAGACGUUUGAAGUCACAGAUGUACCUGUCAGAUGCGUCAGAUUCAUCUCUAGAAAGAACUGGUUCGUAGCUGGCUCAGAUGACUAUCAAUUGAGAUGCUUCAACUACAACACUUCAGAAAAAAUCGCAGCUUUCGAGGCCCACCCUGACUACAUUCGUUCUUUGGCAGUACACCCAACCCAGCCAUACGUUAUCACAGGCUCUGAUGACAUGUCCAUUAAACUCUGGAACUGGGAAAAGUCAUGGCGCUGUCAGCAAGUUUUCCAAGGCCACACUCAUUACAUCAUGAACAUCGUCUUUAAUCCGAAAGAUACCAACAGCUUCGCAUCCGCUUGUCUUGAUAGAACAGUUAAAGUUUGGUCAUUAGGUAGCCCACACGCAAAUUUCACCCUCGAAGCUCACGAUAAGGGUGUGAAUUAUGUCGAAUACUACCAUGGGAAUGACAAACCUUACAUCGUCACAACAGGUGAUGACAGACUCGUAAAAGUUUGGGAUUAUCAUUCAAAAUCGCUCGUACAAUCGAUGGAAGGUCAUACUAGCAACGUCUCCUUCGCAAUCUUCCAUCCAUCGCUUCCACUCAUCAUUUCAGGUGCAGAAGAUGGUACAGUUAAGAUUUGGAACUCAAACACUUACAGACUCGAACAAACUCUCAACUACGGUUUAGAGAGAGCUUGGUCGAUUGCUUACUCAAAGUCUAUUAAUGACGUUGCUGUCGGUUUUGACGAAGGUUCGGUCGUAUUUAAGCUUGGUCGUGAAGAACCUACAUUUUCGAUGGACACCUCCGGUAAGGUCAUCUUCGCACGCAACAGUGAAAUCUAUGGUACAAACCUUCAAACAAUCGAGCAAUCUGAUUUGGUCGACGGUCAACGUAUACCAUCUCAAGCACGUGAAUUAGGCAGCACUGAAGUUUUCCCACAAAGUAUUGAACAUUCACCAAAUGGCAGAUUCGUCACUGUUUGUGGUGAUGGUGAAUAUAUUAUCUAUACCGCUUUAGCAUGGCGCAACAAAGCCUUCGGUCUUGGUACAUCCUUUGCUUGGGCUGGUGACAGCAACACCUACGCAGUUAGAGAGCCAAGUGGAAAACUGAGGAUGUUUAAGAACUUCAAAGAGAAGAACGCUCCUACAGUUGCAAACAGCAUGGGCGGAAUUACAAAUGUGUACGGUGGUACACUCCUUGGUGUUCAAGGUCCAGGUUGGAUUUUAUUCUGUGAUUGGGAAACAGGAAAUGUUGUCCGUAGGAUCGAUGUAGAUGUCACCAAUGUUAGCUGGUCACCUGCUGGCGAUGUCGUCGCUAUUGUUGCUGAAGAUUCAGUUUAUAUGCUCAACUUCAAUAGAGAAGCUUAUGAUGAAUUUGUUGCAAGCGGUGGUGAUCUAGGUGAUGAGGGUGUCGAGGAUGCAUUUGAAGUAGUUUCAGAGAUAACUGAUAGUGUAAGCACAUGCAAGUGGCUCGGAGAUUGCUUUGUAUACAUUUCAACAACUAACCGCUUGUGUUAUGUAUUGGGUGAACAAUCUCAACCUUUGAACAACUUUGAUGGCCCACAAUACCUCCUGGGUUACAUAUCUACACAAAAUCGUGUUUACGUUAUAGACAAGGAUUUACAAAUAAGAUCAUACGCAUUGGCAAAAUCAUUGAUAGAGUAUCAAUUAGCAAUUCUCACCGGUGAUCACGCAUCAGCUGAGGCUAUAUUACCAAGUAUACCAAGUGAUCAAAAGAAUAGAGUUGCUAGAUUCUUAGAAGAACAAGGGUUGAAGGAAUUGGCUAUGACUGUUGCUACGGAUACCGACCAAAAAUUCGAGUUAGCAGUUGAAUUGGGUAAGCUUGACGAAGCAAAUGAGUUGGCCAAGGAAACGCCAAACGUUGAUGCACAAAACAAAUGGCGUACGCUUGGUGACAAAGCCCUUGAAGGUUGGGAUAUCAAUCUCGCUGUUGAUUGCUACAAGAAAGCAAACGAUUUAGAAGCACUCCUGCUCAUUUACACCAGCAACGCCAGCAAGGAAGGAUUGGCAGAAUUGGCAGCAAUCGCUACUAAGAAUGGUCAACACAAUAUUGCUUUCGCUGCACUCCUCCAACUCGGUUCACCUGGAGAAUGCGUCGAUUGCUUGAUGCGCACAGAGAGGUUCGCAGAAGCUGCACUUUUUGCUAGCACCUACGCAAGAGACAGAAUACAGGAAUGUACAAUGGCAUGGAAGAACAGUUUGUUUAGCGACAAGAAAGACAAGAUUGCUAAGAGUAUAGCUGAACCUCAAGAGCAACCAGAGUUGUUUAACAAUUUGAUUGAUGUUGAAUAA